AUGACCACUCUGCACAUGGGCUCUCAAUUGUGGGUCGUUCUAAACAGCCAGCGAGCCAUCUCAGAUAUCCAGGUCAAGCGCUCCAAAGCGACAGGGGAGAGACCAGACAUGCCAAUAGCAUCUGGUCUUGUGAGCAAGGGAAAACGAGCAGUACUUCGGAAGAGUACGUCUGCUUGGAAUGAAGGUAGACGGCUGAUGCACCACCUUCUCAGCGGAACGGCAUUGCGGAAAUACGCCGAGUUGGAAGAACAAGAAAGCUGUCAAAUGCUUCUUGACUAUCUCCGUCAACCGGAGAAAUGGUACUCGCACCAUUUUCGAUUCUCGACAGCCAUUAUGCAUCGAAUAGUCAUGGGGGACCGAUUGAACAAAACUCAAACGCAACUAGACGAGUAUCAACGAAUCACUAAUGAGUUUCUUUUCAGCCUGUUUCGGAGCCCGAUAGAUUUCUUUCCGAAACUGGGUAGUACAAUUUUUAUACCUCGCGCUCUGCAGUGGUGGCGCAAAUCUUGGAAAGAAAUGGGAGAUUCACACACCAAGGUUUUUGAAGCUUGGUGGAAACCGGUCCAGAAGGCUGUUGUGGAUGGAACUGCCCAUGCAUCAUUUGUCCGAGAUGUACUUCUGGGGCCCAACACGGGCUAUAAAGGGACCGAUGAAGAUGCUAUGUAUCUAGCAACAUCGGUUAUGGCUGCCGGCGGAGACAACACGAGAAUGACCUUGAAUGUGUUCAUCAUGGCAGCUAUUUCCCAGCCAGAAAUUGUCCACCGAGCACGUAAUGAGCUGGAUUCUAUAUGUAGUGGCGUUAGCAUGAGAUUACCCGUGGUAGCCGAUAUGGAAUCCAUGCCAUAUAUGGCUGCUUUGGUCAAAGAAACGUUGCGCUGGAGACCAACUGUGCCGCUGGUGCCACCCCACGAGCUGACAGAUAAGCAGCUUGAAUACGAUGGUUAUGUGUUCCCAAAGGGAACCAACUUCCUCAUCAACACGGUUGCGGUUUCGCAGGAGUGCAUAGACCCAGAGCGCUUCAUGCCCGAGCGAUGGAUGGAUGAAUCGCGAAACGAGAUGAACAUCCUACACGACUUUUGGGGGUUUGGUGCUGGUCGACGGAUCUGUGUGGGCUACAAAAUAGCCCAGCAGAUUCUUUUUUUGGCCAUAUCUCAAUUGAUAUUUUGCUUUGACUUUGUACCGGUGAGUGUUGUUUUCUCCCCAUUUUUCCAUACUCACUAA